AUUUAUACACCGUUUAAAUAAGUUGAAAUUCCCGCGCAACCAUUAAAACGUGAACCUCUUCGGCUGAGUUGAGUUUGGAUUGCGCCAUGGAUCUGUACAACACUCACGUGAAGCUUCUCGCCUUUGAUUUUCUCUCUCUUACCCCCACCCGAGCAGAUCCCUCCUGCUUCCAGCGCAAAGGGCUGCGCCUAUCCCGCGCCGAGUCGAUCGGAGUGGUGGUGACUCGGCAGCUCAAGCCCGGCAAAUUCCUCCGCUUCACCAUCGAUGACGGCACCGGCUGCAUCCCCUGUGUCCUCUGGCUCAACCACCUCACCUCCUCUUACUUCUCCCGGCGGAGCCCAUCAUCUGUUCGAUCAAUUGCCCGAACGGCGCUCCACUUCGCCUCCGAGAUCAAGCUCGGCGUCGUCGCCAGGGUGCGCGGCAGGAUCACCGCCUACCGAGGAACCGUCCAGAUCACGGUUUCCGAUGCCGUGUUGGAGACCGAUCCGAAUGCGCAGGUUUUGCAUUGGCUGGACUGUGUCAGUCAGAAUGUUACGCAAUCGACACAGCCUUGAACUGUUCGUCGCAUACUGCUUCUGAUCCAUAUGUGAGUAUUACAUGUUCCUUUGUACUGAAAUUUUCACCUCUUGUAGAUUUGUAUCCUCCAUUUUGAUGUUUAUUAAUUGUGGUCGAUUGUAGAUAAA